UUCCUCCCUUCCUCCCUUCCUCCCUUCCUCUUUGAGUUUGACUCUUUUCAGGUAUCCACUCUUCUCCAUUUUCUCGGAAAUUCGGUUUUGCUCCUCAUCAGUCAUCUCUGUGUCUCUGUUUGGUUGCCUAGAAUCCAAUCAAACAGAGCUCCACCGCCUCAUUCACCUUUCUCGGCGUUCAAACAAAAGAACAAAUCUUUCAAAGCUUUCAAAUUUCUGCUUCGAUUGGAUCAGAAUUUGCUCAACUUUUGUUUUCAUUCAUUUCCGUGUCAAAUUCGUAGCUGAAUGCAAUCUAUUGCAACCAAACGAAGAACCAAUCUUAUAAAGCUUGCAACUUUCUGCUUCAAUUGAAUUAGAAUUUGCUCAAUUUCUGGUUUCAUUCUUUUCCAUACCGAACACUCGUAGCUAAAAGCAAUAAACGUUUUCAGGGGCAGGCAAUACAUGAAAAUGGACAUAGAUGAACUAUUGGGUCGAAACCGACCAGUGAGCAUUCCGACGAAGAGUGCAAUUUACGUGUGGGGCUAUAACCAGUCUGGGCAGACGGGUCGCAAUGGUAAGGAGCGGCAAUUGAGGAUCCCAAAGCAGCUCAAGCCCGAGCUUUUUGGAUGUACGGCUGGGGCCAAUUCGCGAUGGCUGGACAUUGCCUGUGGCCGCGAGCACACAGCCGCUGUAGCCUCAGACGGAUCGCUUUUCACUUGGGGGGCUAAUGACUUUGGUCAAUUGGGAGACGGAACUGAGGAGCGAAGAAAACAUCCAAAGAAAGUGAAGCAAUUACAGACAGAGUUUGUGAAAUCUGUAUCUUGUGGAGCACAUUGUACCGCUGCUAUUGCAGAACCUCGUGAAAAUGAUGGAUCUGUCUCAACAAGAAGGCUUUGGAUUUGGGGGCAAAAUCAGGGAUCAAAUUUUCCACGUUUAUUUUGGGGCGCCUUCACUCCAAACACGAUUAUCCGUCAAGUGUCUUGUGGGGCAGUUCAUGUGAUGGCUUUAUCAGACGAUGGCCUGCUACAAGCUUGGGGAUAUAAUGAAUAUGGUCAGCUUGGCAGAGGAUUUACAUGUGAAGGAUUACAGGGGGCUCGUAUAAUAAAUGCUUAUGCGAAGUUCCUUGAUGAUGCUCCUGAGCUUGUGAAGAUUACCCAAGUGUCAUGCGGGGAGUACCACACUGCAGCUAUAUCUGAAAAAGGCGAGGUGUAUACUUGGGGGCUUGGAAACAUGGGUCAACUUGGGCAUUGUUCCCUCCAGUCUGGGGAGAAAGAGUUAUUGCCUAGGAGAGUGGUCGCACUUGAUGGAAUAUUCAUAAAGGAUAUUGCAUGCGGUGGUAUACAUACAUGUGCCGUGACUCAGAAGGGAGCUCUUUAUGCUUGGGGUGGUGGUCGAUCAGGGCAGUUAGGCCUUGGCCCUGACACUGGAUUCUUUUCAUGCACCGCUAAUGAGUCUGAGUCUUUUCUCCGGAAUAUCCCUGCAUUAGUUGUUCCAACUAGUGUACAACUCAUUACAUGUGGACACUCCCACACACUUAUCUCUACAAGGGAUGGAAGAAUUCAUGGAUGGGGCUACAAUAGCUAUGGUCAGGCAUCUAACGAGAAAUCGACUUAUGCUUGGUAUCCAUCCCCGCUUGAUUGGUGCGUGGGGGAAGUGCGGAAACUUGCAGCUGGUGGUGGCCAUUCAGCCGUGUUGACUGAUGCAUGUUCCUUGAAGGAGUUGUGUGAAUUUAGGCUUGCGGAUAGCGUGAAUCUAAAGAAUGCUUCUGAGAUUGAGGACAUUGCGUCUAGAACAGGUUCAGAUGCUUUAGCACGCCUCUGUGAAAGAUUGAGGCAGCAUGUGCUUGAGGGUGAUGAUUGUGAAUAUGAAGACGAUGAGACCACCAGUAAUAGGAAGUGAAGAAUCAAUUGGACCAGAUUUUAAAAUUGACAAUCAUUAUGUCAAUAAUUUGUCUAUUAAUCACUUUAUUAUUUCCAAUCUGGUUAUGAAUUAGGUAUUGAAAAUUGUUGUAAUCAGAUUGUAAGGGGUUAAUCUCUUGUAGUUAUGUAAAAUUGCUAUUUUGUAACCCUAAUUAAGUCAAGUACACAAUUAGCCAUGUCAAAUUUUCUUCCAAUAUGAUUAGAAUUUAGAAUAUUACAAGUUUGAAGAAACAUUGUUGUUUUUAUUCUUUAUAAUAAUAAAACUUUACAGUAGAGGUAAA